AUUGCAUAGUAGAAGCCAAGAUCAGCAACAUUAUCUUGAUACAAAAAUUGUGAUCUAACGUACCGAAAUUCACGGUUAAUAUGGCUAGCAGAAAGGAAGAGAGAGCAGAGGGGGCAGCAAGAUAUGCUGCCGACGAAAUCAAAUCUGCAAGGGAAGAUAGACAAGCCCAGAAACAGGCCCAACAACGUCACAAAGAUUACCAACAGCAUGGGUUUACUGAAGAAACCCACCAACAACAAACUAAGCCUGGGAUUAUCUCUUCUGUGGUUGGUGCCUUAGGAAGCACGUAUGAACACGCUAAGGAAGCCGUGACAGGCAAAACCCAUGACGCAGCCGAGAAGACAAAAGACGCGGCGGCGGCCACAUCGGAGAAAAUGAAGGAGAGUCACGACAUUGCGGCUAUCCGCGCAAAGGAGGCGGCGGACCGCGCCAGAGAAGGAAGAGACAAUACUGCUGAAAGUUUAAGACAGACCAAAGAUUACACUGCCGAGAAAACCAAGGAUGCGGCCGGUUAUGUUGCGGAUAAAGCUAAGCAAGCUAAAGACACAACAAUGGAGAAAGCAGGGGAGGCAAAGGAUUACACUGCCGACAAAGCUAAGCAAGCGAAAGAUGCGACGGUGGAGAAGGCGGGGCAGGCUAGGGAUUAUACGGUCGAGAAGGCGAGGCAGGCGGCGGAUGAGACGGAGGAGAUGAAGGAUUAUACGGUGGAGAAGACGAGAGAAGGGAAGGAUGCGAGUGUUAGUAGGUUGGGUGAGUUGAAAGAUUCGGCGGCGGAUGUUGCGAAGAAGGCAAUGGGGUUCUUGUCUGGGAAGAAAGAUGAGACGGCUGAGGCGGUGAAGGAGAGAGGGAGAGAAGCUAUGGAUUAUGUUAAGGAUACCGAGGAAGCUCAGGAUUUGUACAAAGAUACAGAAGACAAAGCAAGAAGAAGAAUGGAGGAAAUGAGGUUAGAAAAGCUUAGAGAAAAAGGGUAUGAUGUAGAAGAUGAAGCUGCUGAAAGAAGUAGAGCUGAUCGUGAAGCUGCUGCACUAAGAGGAGAAGCAGGAAAGAACAACAUAUUAGGAGCAAUGGGGAACGUAGUCGACGCAGUGAAGAGCAAAUUGACUAUGCCAAGUGACAUGGUGGAGGACAAACGUAGAGCCCAAGGAAGAAGCGGCGAAGACAAGACAGUAACAGUGACGGUUGAGGAAUCUCCACCAGGUGCAGCGGCUGAUCUUUUGAAGAAUGCUGAUCUUCUGAAGAAUGCUGAUCAGAUUACGGGGCAGAGUUUCACGCCCAAUGAUGUUGGGCGGAUGGGCGAGGAAGGAACCGGGAAGCCUUUUCGUCAUCGUUAGCUGCCUUUAGUGCAUGGUGUUUUGGUGGCUGUGUAAUAAGUUGUUUCUUGGCCCCAUACUCAUCUUCUAUAGUAGUAUUUGGUUUAUGAUGUUGUGUUUUGCAUGUUCUGUUUAAUUAUUAUACUUUUGUAUGUUUGAUGCAUUUCAAGAAGAUAAAAAAGAAUACGUUUUCAUGA